AUAGAAGGUUGAGAAAAAAAAGUUGAACUGAAAAAAUUGUAAUUACAUCCCACUUGUUAAGCCGAACCUGGCAUCUGACAAGAAAGCUUAGUAGCAAGGUCUGCGAAUGCACGCGCCACCUCUUCCCGUUUCCACAGUUCCCUUUCAAACCCUAAUUUUGCUCCAAUUCUCCGUUUUCAAUUGCAAUUGAUUAUGCCAAGGCACCCAAAAAAUAUUAAAUUUUUUACGUAUAUACGGUUUUUUUUUCUCCUUCCUAUGUUGCCUAACACAACCAAUUCUUUUAAGACCGUGAUACCCAUUUGAUUAUUUAGCAAAAUAGAAUAACUUUAUUUGCUUACUUGGGCCUUUUUAUAGUUACUUUGCAUCCAGUUUUGAUUUUGAGUUGGUGGGUGUUUUUGUUCUGUUAUGAGUGAUGGCACUCGAAUCUUGGGUUCUCAGUCACCAAGUGUUCAUGUCCAGUUCCAGAUUGCUUUACCCUGUGCAUGGGAAUCGGCGAAAGAGCAUGCCGAUCAAAGUUUUGGGUAGAAACAAUAAAUACCCAUUUCCCUUUGUGUCCAAUUGUGAUGGCCUAUCCACUUUUACAAGCUUUAAGGUUUCAAGUUAUGGAGCAAAUCCCAAGUUACUAGAUAGAGCUCGCUUGAGGUGUUUAGGUAGUAGCAGUGAUUGUUUGAGCGAAAUAAAUGCUGUUUCCAGAGCCAAUAUGAACUUUAUACUGGAGUUGUUGAAGAGGGGAAUCAUCUUGGCUGCAACUGUUUGUGGGGUGUUGGUGUUUGGAUGUCCAAGAGUUUUUGCAACUGAAGGUGUAGUGAAUGCAGGAUAUGGUGUUAUUGGACAGAGCAUUCUCUUGCUUAGGAAUACAUGGCCUAAAGUUUUGCAAGUUCUUCGUCUAUUUAAGGAGCAAGGUUUGGUGCUGGCUCUGCUUUUGGGUCUUUCAGCUUUUUUCUCUAUGGCAGAGACUUCAAUUACCACACUUUGGCCUUGGAAGGUCCGUGAGUUGGCUGAAAAGGAGUCUGAAAAUGGCGUCUUCAGACUACUUCGAAGUGAUGUUACUCGAUUCCUUACAACUAUACUUAUUGGCACAACGGUGGUCAAUAUUGGGGCAACUGCUCUGGUCACUGAAGCAGCAACUGCAAUAUUUGGUGAAGCUGGUGUUAGUGCAGCAACAGGAGUGAUGACUGUUGCCAUUUUGCUUCUCACUGAAAUCACUCCAAAAAGUAUAGCGGUUCAUAACGCCACAGAGGUGGCUCGGUUUGUGGUCAGGCCAGUGGCAUGGCUUUCCCUGGUGUUGUAUCCUGUUGGAAGAAUUGUUACUUAUCUUUCAAUGGGGAUGCUGAAAUUGCUUGGCUUGAAAGGAAGAAGUGAGCCAUAUGUAACUGAGGACGAGCUAAAAUUAAUGCUAAGGGGAGCAGAAUUAAGUGGGGCAAUAGAGGAGGAAGAACAGGAUAUGAUUGAAAAUGUGUUGGAGAUAAAAGACACACAUGUCAGAGAGGUUAUGACACCUCUUGUUGAUGUUGUUGCAAUUGAUGCAAGUUCAAGCCUUGUAGAUUUUCAUCACUUGUGGGUCACACAUCAAUACUCAAGGGUACCUGUUUUUGAGCAACGUGUUGAUAAUAUAAUGGGUAUAGCAUAUGCAAUGGAUCUGCUGGAUUAUGUUCAGAAGGGCGAGUCACUAGAAAGUACUACAGUUGGAGAUAUGGCUCACAAGCCUGCAUAUUUUGUACCUGAUUCAAUGUCUGUUUGGAAUCUUCUUAGAGAGUUCAGAAUCAGGAAGGUUCACAUGGCUGUUGUUCUUAAUGAGUAUGGUGGAACUGUGGGGAUUGUAACUCUUGAAGAUGUUGUUGAGGAGAUUGUUGGUGAAAUCUUUGAUGAAAAUGACUCGAAGGAGGAGAUACAGAAAAAAACUGGCUACAUAGUAAUGCGAGCUGAGGGUGUAUUUGACGUGGAUGCGAAUACAUCCAUUGAUCAGCUAUCUGAAGAUUUGAACAUCAAGAUGCCAGAGGGUCACCAAUAUGAGACAGUAUCCGGCUUUGUCUGUGAAGCAUUUGGAUACAUUCCAAGGACAGGUGAGUGCAUCAAAGUAGUUCUCGAAAGGGAAGAUGAAGAUGAAAAUAACGAAUCCAAUGCUGAUCAGCAGGAUCAGAAGGAGAAGAACCAGAUUUUCAAACUCGAGAUACUAGCAGGAAAUGCCAGAAAGGUGAGUGCUGUUCGAUUUGAAAGGAUGAACAACACUGAAGAAAUGUUGGAGACUAAAGAGGUAACACGCUUGGUCCCCAAAAUAAUGAAAAGAAAAUGGAGCAGUGAUGAGAACUCGGCGGAUGAUGCAGAAUAUGAUGGAGAUACAUUUGCAAAGAGACCACAGGAUGACAUUUCCGGUGAAUAUUUAGUUGAUCAAGAAAAUUCUAACAGAGAUUAAGUCCUUUCUUUAUUCAUCUUUUUCUCCUUUCUUUACACUUGGCAUGCUUUUGUGCCAUUUUUGCAACGUAUAAAAUGGGAAAUUUGAGAUACAUGUACAAAUGAGAAGCAAUGAGUUGAAACAUUUAGAACUUUGCAAAGGCAAAUUCGAAGAAUCUAUUCUAUGCCAACAAAAGUCUUUGAAGGCUUUGGUGUAAUAAAGAUGUCAAAUUUGUUU